AUUCCACUGGAUAUGAAUUCAAAAUGGUUUAGCAAAGCUAAACAAUGUUACGAGAAGGCCGUACAGCUGUCUUGUCGUCAAAACUUGCCGGCUAUCUACAACCUUGGGUGUCUCCUUAAAUCUGUUGGUAAAUUCUCGGAAGCGUUGACAUAUUUUAAUAUGAUAACUAACUCGUACAACGUCCGGGAACACGGUCACAUCAUGACCAUCAUAAACGCCCACGAACAGUCUGGAAUCUGUUUCCUGAAGCUUGAUGAGUUAAACCCAAAAAGCGACCGCGUCUGCUACAAGGAGAAGGCAGAGACAAAACUGAUGCAGGCGCUAGAGCUGCAGGCCCAGCUUGUCGCUAAAAUUCCGGACAUGAAAGAUUAUGCUCUGCAAGUGUGGAACUCAUUUAGGACUAUGACAUCUCAUUGGGAGGGAGAGAUCGACACUGAAAGCAGAAAAAAAUUAAUUAACCUGCUGAAGCUUUUCCGAGAAUACGGGAAAAUGUUGAAAGUCGUUAACGACAUCCUGAGC